AUGUCGUCCUGUUCGGCAGCCCGCGGCCCUUUGGCUGAGGCUAUCGAUGAGUUUCUCGAAGAACUGAAGAGUCGCGAUCGGAAGGGUCGGUUCUAUCAUGAAGUACUAAACUCGCGGGCCGUCAUGGCGGCCGCAACAAAUCAAAAGGGAGUGAACGCCUGCGCUGGGGAGUUGCUGGAUUUUGUGAAACAACUUGAGCAACGAAAACAGGCAUCAAAGACAGUCAGAGUCCUCGGAGCGAUCGGUCCUUUCAUCGAUGGAAUGCAGAACAUGAUGACAGCUUGCCAGACGAUGAUACAAGCAAGCCCUUUCGCAGUGGGGGUAGUGUUUGCUGGUGCGCAAAUCGUCCUCGGGUUGGCCCAAAAUGUGAGUAAAGCGUUCGAUAUAGUUAUCGAAGCCAUGGUCGAAACCGGCGCUUCUCUUAAGUGCUAUGCCAAGUUUGCAGUCGCAUAUGAAACCUGUAAUGAGGUUCGUGAGCGGCUAGUGGCCUCAUACAAGACGAUCGUGAGUUUCUGGGCCACGGCAACGAAACUUCUUGACCAAAACUACCUUAUCGGUACCAUCAAGAACAUCUUCCGCCCUUUGGUGGCCGAGAUGCAGGGCACCGUGGACUCUUUGCGUCGGGACUGUGCUAGAGUGGAAGCGAUAGCCCAAGCCGAAGAAGCCGUACGAGCGAACGAGGAUAGGAAACGUGCAAGAGCGGAGCAAGAAGAGAAGCUGAAAAACGGCAUUCGCGACUGGAUCGCCGCAGGGGAUGACCUCGAAGUCCGAUGCGACCUUCAAAUGCAUUCCGAACGUCGGCACGGAACGACGUGCGCCUGGAUAUUUGAAGACGAAAAGUUUCAGCACUGGCGUGACAGUACUUCAGAUCCUGUUCUCUGGUACAAUGCACCUCCAGGGUCUGGAAAGACUGUUCUCUCGUCCGCCGUGGUCAAGCAUCUAACCGAGAGAGGUCUGCCCAUGGCAUACUUUUUCUACUCCUUUAGCGAUUUUACCAAACGCAAACCUCUAUCAGGUCCGAAGGCACUUGCGCUUCAACUAAUGAACAUCCUCAAAACCGGCAUCCCGGACAGAGUCAUUGAUCUCUACCGAGAAGAGAUUACGAAGAACAUGAGACACAUGCGCCUACGAGACCACGCGAUCGAAGUCUUACAUGAAUACCUGAAGCAAUGCCCUCUCGUGUACAUUGUUGUGGAUGGAUUGGACGAAAGCCUUGAUGAUGAGAAUAUGCGAUAUAUACUCAGUUCAAUUGUCCGUGCUCCGGUAUACGGAACGGUGAAGUGGUUCUUCACUAGUCGGAACGAGGGGCAGAUCCAAGGCAUAAUGAAAAACUUGAAUGCAGUUUUCCUGUCCCCCACACCCUCUACACUUGCGGCCGAGAUCAAACUGUUUUUGACUAGUGGCUUGCAGCCAAUCGCCAAAUCUUUGGAACACGUCGAUGACUAUGUUGAGUACAGCGAAGGGAGCUUUCUUUACUCCAAGUUUUUACUGGAUACUUUACGCGGAAAAGGCGUCACAUGCGACAGAGACAUCCAGGAAGCCCUUCAUGGAUUUCCCCAGGGUUUGACAGGAUAUUAUAUGCGCAGUCUGCUGAGGUUGGCUUACCGGAGUCCGCCCGAGCGCGAUCUUGUGAGGCGACUUUUCACCAUUCUUGUCACUGCCGUUCAGUCCGUCACCUGGAAUGAACUUUGCAAUGCCCUAGCAAUUCGACCCGGUGCUCAGGAUUACUCUAUCGAUUCUGUGCCGCAGGAGAACGUGAUACAUGGCCUAUGUGGCUCCCUGUUACUUUUUGAUCGCUCUUCCGAAGAGUCCAAGAACAAUCCGCGGGUGAAACUAUUCCACAAAACCAUCCAGGACUUCUUGCUGGAAGAUCCUCAAAAUUUACCAAUCGACAAGUCAUUCAGCGACGUUGAGGAGUUCACACUCGCUGAGAUGAAGAAACUUUUCAUCGACCCUACGGUGGCCUCUGUCCAAGUUGGCCGUAACUGUAUGACACUUCUGCAAUAUCGCCGCUAUAAAUCAUUUUCAGAAGCCAAAGCAAUCCUGGAUGAUACUAACACUGAAAAUGCAUUCUUGAAAUAUGCCGCAGCGUUCUGGUUUUUGCACUUGAUAUGUGACGAAAACCAUUCGAAAGAGGCUUUCGAAGAGGUGCGGAAAUUCAUGGAGAGCCCAAACUUCUGGACCUGUGUCGCUGUUCAGAGUUACGUUGUCCCUUACAACUUUGGCCGAUAUGCACAAGCUGGACCGACGGAGUACAAGAUGGGAGUCCGGCGAGCGGAUUGGAGCAAAGAUGAUUGCUUUGCGGUUCCUCUUCCCAAUUGGCUGGGGCAGUAUCCUCCAUAUGGACCUCAGCUGGACAUGGAUUUCUGCUCUUUUGUGAGUGAUUGGCAUGAGGUUCUUGCUUCGCGACCUGGCACAUUGGGCGACUGCGUUCCACUGAGUACCAUGAAAUCGAGGAUUGGUGAUCAUCUCCACCGGUCGGAGCGAAUCAAAGUCUGGAGAUCGAAUGAAAAGAUGGACCUCAAGGAUAUUGAGCAACUGCAGGUCACUUCCAUGUCUCUUUCCGCUGGCAAACUGUUCGCCGAGCUAAUUUGCAAGGAGCGGUUGGAUCCUCCAGGGCGUAUUCACUAUCACCGUGUUUCCGUCUUUUCCAAAGGUACGAAGAUCCAUAGCAGCUUUGACACCGGGUCCCAGCUCGUGGAUCUCGCAACCACUGAGACAGACUUCCAAGUCCUUGGCAGCGGCUCCCAAACCCAAGUACUAGAAUUUGACGGGUCUCAUCUUCAACUCAAGCGAACCGUGAAUGAUCUGUCCCAAACCUUUUCCGCUCCAAAUUCCUGGAAACCAGGAACUUCGUCCCAAGCCUGGCGUGUUCAAUGGAAGAACAGUCAAACAGUGCCCCACGGGAAGCUUGUUCUUUUCCAUGUUGUUCAAGAGACUGCCAAGAGAGGCAAAACACAAGAUGAUGACACCGACUCUGACUCCUCUGAUUCGGAGUCGGAUUCGGAUUCAGACUCGAGCUCUUACCCAGAGUUGAAGACUGACUCCGACACAACCGCUCACUAUGAUUCCGGGUACGACGACGGCCCCCCCGCAAGAACUCAGCGUCGGGCCAUGGAAAAGGCACCGACCGACUGUGUGAUUCUUGUUUGGGAAUCAUCCCAACCUUUAUGGAUUCCAGUGGCUUUGGAUCAAAGGGUCCGCCAGGGAAUUCCAUUUGCGAUGCACCCUUACUUGCCGAUUGUCACCCUGAACUGUCUUAAUGGACAGACCUUAAUUGCCAAUCUUGAUACCGGCGUCUGGCAUAAUGAAUAUCACCAACCCGCCCUGAAUGACGACAAGUUCCCUCUUGUCUGUCAAGAACUUCACUUUUCUUCGUGCGGACAGCUCCUGCACACCUUGCAAGCAUCCUUCAGAGAACAACCGAAUGAUACAGAGUGCCAAUUAUCUCUUUCAACGAGUCGCUUCAUUGCGAACCAAGAGGGUCAUAACUGGCUGGAUCAUCCGAGCCCUGUCCGGCGAAUCACAUAUAGGAUCAAGGAAUCCCUUGAUACCCUUCCAUCGGAUCUCAUUCUCGCGCAUUGGGGUGAAGGUGAUCUUGUCGUUGCUCUCCCACCCUUGACUUGCGAGCCCAAAAUUGUAAGACUCAGCCUCCCCAGAUUGCCGGACGCGGAACCACAUCCCUCCUCGCAUGGUGUGCAAACAUUACAGAACCCGAUCUACUUUCCCUCUUCGGCCACCACAUCAGGUCCGGUGCUACUAUACCGCCAUCGGUCUUCACCGAAAGACCACGAACUGUUCCUCGCUCUCACCCAAAAGACGUCGGCCUGCCAAACGACGGUUACCGAUGGGCAACCUCCCUCUUCCACUCCCUGCCCCGUAGUGAUCCGCUGGAGGAUUCCGAAUGGGGACGGAUGGAGGGACUGGAAUUCUGAUCAUGAUGAACAGUCUGAAGACCUAAAGCGAGGGGUUGACGACGCUCGCAUUUUGCGCGGCGGCUUUGUGGAUGGAGAUAAGCAGUUUUACGUCCCGAUUCGGAGCGGACUGGACUGGACGCGAAAAGGGUACUUGACGUGUUCCUAA